CCGCCCUUCAUUCGGGUUCCUAGGACUGGGAAAUUGGGCUCGUAACCAGGCAACUACCGGUCUACUUGCUUCGCGGCGGAUUUUCAGUUCGGUUAUUCGCAGCUCUUCUCUCAACGGCUGCCAGCUGCGGAAGGGCCGGGACCUAGCUGGAUUUGACUCCAGAGCCUUCAGCAGGGAAGAAAAAUGUCAGAUGAAGAUGAUCUGGGAGACUUUGAGUCAAACCUGGAUGGUCUGGAAAGGGAAGACGACGAGAAGGAGACAGAGGAGUGGGAGGACCACAGAAAAGAGGGAGAAGACUCUGAGGAAUGGAUGUCCACGCCCCUCACAGAGGACAUGAUGAAGGAAGGGCUUUCUGCGCUCUGCAAGACGGGUAAUGGACUGGCCCAUGCUUACGUCAAGCUGGUGGUUAAAGACAGGGAUCUGACAGACAUCCACUUGCUGCGUUCCUACAUCCAUCUGCGCUUUGUGGAUGUUUCCAGAAACCACUUGACAGACUUGUCCCCACUCAAUUGCCUCACCCACCUGCUCUGGCUCAAGGCUGACGGCAACAGGCUGCGGAGUGCCCGGUUGAGCGAACUGCCCUACCUGCAGAUCGCCAGCUUUGCCUAUAACCAGAUCACCGACACUGAGGGCAUCUCUCAUCCUCGUCUGGCCAGCCUGGAUCUCAAAGGGAACCACAUCCACAUGGUGACAGGUCUGGACCCCCAGAAGCUGAUGAGCCUGCACACACUGGAGCUUCGGGGGAACCAGCUGAACAGCACCGUGGGAAUCAACCUUCCUAAGCUGAAGAACCUCUUCCUGGCCCAGAACCUGUUGAAGAAGGUGGAAGGCUUGGAAAGCCUAAGCAAUCUCACUACCUUGCAUCUUCGAGACAACCAGAUUGAAACUCUGAGUGGCUUCUCCAAGGAAAUGGAAUCACUGCAGUACCUCAACCUAAGGGGCAACAUGGUGGCUGACCUGGGGGAGCUCGCCAAGCUGCGGAACCUGCCCAAGCUGCGAGCCUUGGUGCUGCUGGACAACCCGUGUACGGACGAGAACGACUACCGCCGGGAGGCCCUGGUGCAGGUGGCGCAUCUCGAGCGCCUGGACAAGGACUUCUACGAGGAGGAGGAGAGGGCUGAGGCUGACGAGAUCCGGCAGAGGGUGAAGGAGGAGGCCGAGCCCGAGCCCGAACUGGAACUGGACCAGUCAUCGAUCUCGCAGUUCCCCUAGCCUCCAAGGACAGAGACCAAAGAUGCUGGCUCCAAGACCGAGGAGACUCCCAGUUGGGGGGGCCCACACCCCCUCUUCCGGAGACAGAGGACGCCUUCCCUUGCCCCAGGCCUAGGAAUUCAUCACAGCCCGCCUCCCAGACUCUGUGACGGGCACCUGGGCAGCGGUGACUGCGCGGGAGCAGCCCCUCGGGUAGGCCUGGUGGGAACCAGGCCUGGAUGGGCCAGGGGAGGCUUGAGGAACUGGCUGCGGAGGCGGCGGCCUGGAGUGUUAGGAACAGCUGUUCGUUUUUCCAAU